AUGGCUGCACUGAAGGUUGUGAUUACAUUAAUUACGUUAAUCAAGAUGUUCAGAGAAUCUGUUGACCUGACACCCUUGUCGUUGUUGUCCGAGUACUUAACUAGGAGGAGUAACGCAGCCACAACCACAAAGAGAGAUCGAAUCAUUUCUUCAGAAGUGAAGCUUGGAGAGCAGGUGCAGGACAGGGUAGUCGGAUCGACCAUGAAGCGGUCAUCUUCUUCUCCGUCCUCGCUCGCACGCGCCAUGGCAAUCCUCCUGGUGAUCGUGUGCUGCUGCUCCCUGCUGCCAUUCCCAUGCUCUGCCGUUUGCAAAGGGCGUGCAUUUGGCGACUUUGGUCAGAGUGCUGGGGCCGGGACAAAGGGAGGAGAUCAGGGGGGUGGGGUGCCAACGCCAAGGGGAGGAGAGGACCAAUUUGAUCAUGGGGGUACGGGAUUAGGAGGAGGGAACCAAGUAGGACGGGCGCCUCCGGCGCCGCGGGGUAAGACACCGAGGAACCACAGGUGA